AUGUCUGAGUCUUUCUAUCCAAUACUUGAAUCAUCUUAUCGACAACGACAAGUAGUGGUCGAAGAAGAAGAAGAAUUAGAAGGAGAUGGAGACAACUGUGGUGCUAUCCAUUUAGAAUGUCCUGUCAACACAGACGACAGAAUCACAGCAGGUGAAGCUUUUCCUGAUAAUAUUUUACUGCCAAGUUUAUUGACUAAUUCAACAAAUGGAAAAUUACGACCAUAUGCUAUUUGUGCUCCAACACAGAUUAAUUCAAUUACACAGAAGUUUUAUACAGAUCCACCAAAGUUGCCUUCAUAUUUUUCAUUCACUUCGACAGCUUCAGCGACAUCAACAACAACAACAACACCAACACCAGGAUCCAUUACAGUACCGACACAAAACCCUAUCUCUGAUCAUACUAACAUUAAUCGUAAUAAUAAUAAUGAUAACCAGAGCACCAAUUAUUCCCAUUGUAUUCCAACAAAUCCUGUCUUACGAUCUACAAAUUAUGAUGCACCAAGAUAUAUUAAUGACAAAAACAGUAAUAAAUUAUUAAAAUUAAAUGAUGACACAACAGAUUUCUUAGUGAAUAAUCCGUUCAAUUUGAAUAGUUCAAUGUCCAGUAACAAUAAUAAUACUAAUACCAUUAAUAAUAAUAAUAAUAAUCAUAUUUCUACAAUUCAUCGUACAACUAAUUGCAUUUCAAGAGAUAAAGUGAAAAAGCGGCGUAAUAGAACUACGUUUACAAGUCAUCAAUUGAAUGAAAUGGAAAGAAUAUUUCAGAAAACUCAUUAUCCUGAUGUUUAUGCUCGUGAACAACUGGCUCUAAGAACUGGAUUAACAGAAGCUCGAGUACAAGUAUGGUUUCAAAAUAGGCGUGCUAAAUGGCGUAAACGUGAACGAUUAGGUGGAAGUGGUAGUUUAACAAAUGGAUCAUCUGAUGUUGGUCUACAUUUAUCAUUCACAGAACAAAAUGAUUUAUCUACAAUGAAUAAUUCUUCUUCAUCGACAGCUGUAUUUGCUGCAGCUGCAGCAGCCUGUGCUAUGGCUGCAGCUGUAACAGCUGGAACUAAUCUACAAGGAAGUAAUUUAUCUUCAACAAAUAAUCAUUUAAAUAAACAUAUGAACACUACAAAUAAUAACAGCUUAAGUAAUAAUUAUUUAUUCUCACCGUCUAAUUCUUCAUCCUUUAUUCCUAAUCCUUGUGUAACAGAUACACGAAGAUUGGGUGGUUUAUUUGAACAAGGUAUUUCUCUGAAUACACACAAUCAUGAAAAUAGCUUACUUCAUCAUUCUAGACAUUUUUGUGAAUCGAAUCCUUAUUUUUCAUUGACAUUGAACAAACUAACAAGAUCAGGUAUUAGUGGUACUGAUGUUAAUACUGGAAAAUCAUCUCAGGAAUCACAGUUAUUACCAUCUACAAAUAUGAAUAUGGAAAAAUCAGAUGAGAAAAAUCUAUUCAGAGAUGAAUUUGACACUUUUCGUCCACCAUCAACGUCAACAUCUGAACUAUCAUCGUCUUUUAUGAGUAAAUCGUCUUACAUUCAGCAUGAUGGAGAACUUCCUCAGCAGCAGCAACAACAGCAACCACGUCAUCAUUAUUCACAAAAUUCAACUGAACACAGUACAGGUUCAAUGUACAACAACAGAUGUCAGUCUACUGGAGACAUUCGACAUCAUCCUGUGAAACAUUCAAUUUUCCCUAGUGACAUUUCAUUAGAUCGCUUCAAAAAGUACUCUUCAAUGUCAUCAACUGGCGUUGAAUGGCCAUUAAGUGCUCAAAGUAACAAUAACAAUAAUGAUAAUAGGGUUAACUACAAUACUUACCAAAUUCCUGAGCAUUUAGAACAAAACACUGAGUCACAAGUUAGUCGAAAUAAUCUGAAUAAAAGUAAUAUAAAUAAUUCAACUGAACAGACAAUAGCAACACAACAACAGCAAUUAAUAGUCGAAACAAUCACCUAUUCUGGAAUACACCAUCUUUAA